GCUCCUGCGAUUGUUACUCUUACUUACUGCUCCGCGCUUUUUUUAAUUUUGCACUUCUGUUGUGUAAACAAUCUGAGACUGGGAGGGUUUGGCGGGAAAUGUGCACGUUUUCCCCUGUUGAGCUGGAGAGAACUCCUGGUUUUACAUGCUCGUCUUUUAAACCGUCGUUCCCCCGAAUGUCAAAAUUGAUUGCAGAUAUCUUUAAUACUCAGAGUGAUGAUGAAGAAUUUCUGGGUUUUCCAGAGGAAGAUUUUAAGAAUAGAUAUGACCAUCUUAAUUAUAUACCAAAAUUAAUAGCUGACAUCUUCGAUGCACCAAGUGAUGAUGAGUUUUUGGGCUUUCAAGAUUUUGAAUGUAAGGAGCAUGCAGUUGACAACCUGAACCAGAGCAUUAAUAGUUUCCAGUCCAAAUUUAUUACAGAAGAACUUAUUGAAAUUUUCACCGAGGAUAGUUGGUCAACUGAUUAUGUUUUUGAAGGGUUCCCUGAAUGUACUCUUGAACCUGAUGACAAAGAGGAUUUAAGGUCUGAGAGUUUGGAAACAGAGGAUGAAGAUGAAGGUUUCACUGAAUAUGAUGAUGAAUCGUCCAUAGAAAGUGAGGUGGAAGCAAUGCCGAAGAAAGGCCAUUUUGGACUGCGUGUGGCAUUUAAAUUCCCUACAAGACGACCAGUGAAAAGGAAGCACCGAGAGAUCCAGGAAUCUGAGGAGUCUGAAUCAGAUGAUGACUCAGCACCUGGAAAGAAAAACUCUAAUGUAUUGCUAAAGAGGGCCAUGAACAUCAAAGAAAAUAAAGAAAUGCUCGCUAAACUAAUGGCAGAACUAAAAACGAUGCCUGGGCUCUUUCCAAUGAAAGUAUGUACUUCUUCAUCACCAAAACAAAAACGAACGCCAAAGAGAACAUUUUCUGAAGGCAAAGUUGAGCGUCGUGUCAAUCCAAGCAGAAGUGCACGCCCCCCUGAAGGUUUCUCUGUAGAAAAGUUUGCAAUUUCUCCAACCAAGCUUAUGAGCCAAGUGAAAAAAUUCCGCUUGAGAACGGAUCUCACAAAUCAUUUUGUUGAGGAUGGAAGUCUGACCAAGAGGAGGAGAAGAUCUUCAAAAGGCAAGCCAAGGCCUGUUGAUGAUAUAACUGAAGAGGAUUUGGAAAAUGUUGCAAUCACAGUUAAAGAUAAAAUUUACGAUCGUUGUUUGGGCAGCACUUGCCAUCAGUGCCGACAGAAAACAAUCGAUACAAAAACAAUAUGCCGUAAUCAAGAUUGCUAUGGUGUGAGGGGACAAUUCUGUGGACCCUGUCUGCGCAAUCGGUAUGGUGAAAAUGUGAGAUCAGCCCUUCUAAACCCUGACUGGGUAUGUCCUCCUUGCAGAGGUAUCUGUAAUUGUAGCUUCUGUCGUCGUCGGGAUGGACGAUGUGCCACUGGCAUUCUUGUUCAUUUGGCAAAGUUUUAUGGAUAUGACAAUGUUCAAGCCUAUUUGGAAAGCUUACAGAAGCAACUGACUGAAGAUUGAAGCAGCUACUAGGAUCUGUAAACAGUUAAAGAAUUAAAAAGCUUCUUACAGCUGUUUGUAGUAAAUUGACUUUAUUUUUUUUAUGAAACCUGUAUAAAAAGCACACUUUAUUUUAAUAUUACAACUACUGGUAAUUUACCAGAAUUUGAAAAUAAUCAGCAGAAAUAAUGUAAAUGCCGUUUGCAGAACUUGAAUUGUAGUGUUUUUCGAAGCUUUGUAAUAGUUGACAAGUUUCUUGUUUUCAGAUAUUUGUACAAAUCCUGUGUUAAAUCUUGAAGAAUCUAUUCUACAUAUGAAUGGACGAUUUCACGUUUAUUGCAAUGUCAGGGACCGUGGAUGAUUGCAAAUAUUUGUUUUAUUGAUAUUCAAAAAUAAUGUCUUG